UUCUGAGGUUUCCCGGGGGAUUCAUGAUUGCAAGCUCUGGAGGGACAAUAAUGGAGAGUAGUAGUGGUAGGUCUAAUCUUUCUUCUACAAAAACAGAGAGAAAAGUCAGUGAGAAAAAUAGGAGAAAUCAAAUGAAAACCCUUUACUCCAAGCUCAAUUCUCUCCUCCCUGAUAAAGAAUCCACGGAAAAACAACCUCUGCCUGAUCAGAUAGAUGAGGCAAUAAGCUAUAUAAAGAGUCUGGAGGAAAAGUUGGAGAAAACCAAGGAAAAGAAAGAAAGCUUAACAUUUGCUACUUCAAAAUCACCUAAACUAAAAAUCCAAGAAACGGGUUCAGCUCUAGAGAUAGUUUUUACAAGUGGGCUGGAUAAUCAGUUCUUAUUUUACGAGAUCAUCAGCAUUCUGCAUGAAGAAGGUGUAGAAGUUGUUAGUGCUAAUUCUCAAGCUCUUGGAGAUUCCUUUUUCCAUGUAGUCCAUGCACAGAUGAAGGAAUCUGCUGAUGGUCUUGGAGCUGCAAGAGUAACUGGGAGACUGAAUAGGCUUAUCAAUGGAUCCACAUGUGAAAUAGAGUUGGAUUCAGAGCUAUGGGAUUUUGUAAAUCAUCCUGAGACUAAUUUGGAAUUCUAAACAGUUCUAAAGCACCAAAGUUGGCAUAAAAUGAUGGUAAAUUUGGCACUACAUUUUGGAAUCUGAGUGUAAUUUCUUGAAAUCUGUAAGAUAUAUAGAUGUUAGAAAGGAGUUUACAUACGCAUGGCAGUAUUCUGUGUAACAAAUUUAGUAGCUACUGAAUGUUUUAUAUAUAUGCAAUGCCAGUUCUGUCUAGAAAUAAAAUUGCUUGCUUGCUUUUGAGUUACCA